AUGGCCACACCAUCAGACACCAUCUGCAUCUGCUCCAAAGCUGAGGACCGCUGCUGGUGCCCAACCCCAGCCGAGGUCAAAGGUCGUGUGCAUUCUGCUUUCACAUGCGCUCUGCUGCCCGGGACACUACAAGACUUCCCCACACCAUCCUCACACAGCUUUUUUCUGGUAUUUUUGUUGGUACAAACAGCGCAGUUAAUUUCACCUUUUAUUAUAGGUACCGAGCCCAGCUGCGAAAAUGAAGGAGAGGUGCUCCAUUAUCCCAGUAUCACCGACAACCCCUGCAUAUCCUGCGUCUGUCUGAACAAGAAAGUGGACUGCAAGCAGGAGAAAUGCCCCCAAGUGGCGGAGGACUGCGCGCUGGUGGUCAAACAGACGGGAGCCUGCUGUGAACGAUGCAAAGGUUGCCAACUGGAAGGGAAGUCCUAUAACAGCUCAUACAGCUGGAGCUCCUCCACUAAGCCCUGCAUGACUCGCCGCUGUCAGGAAGGUGUCAUCACUGAGGCUGAGAUGCAGUGUGUUGUCCACUGUAAGAACCCCAAGAUUCACCCCAAGAAAUGCUGCCCGUCCUGUCCAGGGUGUAUCUUCGAGGGCCGUCUGUACAAGGAACGGGAGGAGUUCCACCCAGAGGGAAAGCCAUGUAUCAAAUGCAUUUGCACUGGAGGUCGUACGAUGUGCCAUCGAGAGAUCUGCCCCGUUCUCUCCUGUCCUGCCCAUCUGAGUCACACGCCAGCAGGCCAGUGUUGCCCCAAAUGCCUGGGUCAGAGGAAGGUUUUUGACUUGUCACUGGGGAGCUGUCUGUUCCACAGCGAGGUCUACGAGAACGGAACAUCCUUCAAGUACGACAACUGCACCACGUGUAUCUGUAAGGAUUCCACAGUGGUCUGUAAGAAGAAGUGUUCCAAACCAGGCAGUUGCCGGGGAGGCCAGGAGCCCUGCUGUGAUGAAUGUCUGUCUUACAUUAAGGUUGAGGAUGUGAAGUACUGUCGCGUCAAGAACAAGAUCUACAGGGAGGGGGACAGGUGGUCGUCUGUGAACUGCACUUUAUGCACCUGUGUGAAGGGGAACAUCGAGUGCCAACCCAAACAGUGUGUACCCAUCACCAGCUGUCCAUCGAAUAAGAUACUGAAUCGAACUGGCUGCUGUCCUGUUUGCACUGAAAAGCCAGGUGUGUGUACUGUUUUUGGGGACCCCCACUACAACACGUUUGACGGGCGCACGUUUAACUUCCAGGGCACGUGUGAAUACGUGCUGACCAAAGAUUGCUCGUCGGCGGCCAGCUUCGUGGUGCUGGUGAAGAACGACGCGCGACGCACGCGCUCCUUUUCCUGGACCAAGUCUGUGGAGCUGCAGGUUCCCGGUCUGAGCAUCAGCCUGCACCAGCAUCUGACGGUCAGGCAGAACGGCACGCGCAUCGCCCUGCCCUUCCACAGCACCGGUGUCCACAUCGACCUGGAUGGCUACCUGCUCAAACUGACAUCCAUCUUAGGACUGGAGAUCACCUGGGAUGGGGACAGUUUCGUGGAGGUGGUGGCCGCACCACAUCUGCGGGGUCGUCUGUGUGGCCUUUGCGGGAACUACAAUGGCCACAAACGGGACGACACCAUCGGCGGUGAUGGCGUCUUCAAGUUCGACGUGGACGAGUUUGCAGAGACGUGGCGCAUCGAGGGCAACGAGGUGUGCACUCAGCCGCCGCGCAGGCCCACCUCGUACCUGUGUCCCGGUUCCGUCAAGGUGAAGUUCCGCGCACACCGGGCCUGUCAGAAGAUCAAGUCCUGGGAAUUCCAGAAGUGUCACCCGGUUGUGGACUUCACCUCCUUCUACAGGUCAUGUGUAACGGACAUGUGUGAGUGUCCGGUGCAUAAGAACUGCUACUGUGAGUCCUUCAUGGCCUACAGCCGAGCGUGUGAACGAGAGGGAGCCGUGGUGCUCUGGCGACCCGAGCAGAAUUGCAUGACGACCCAGUGUAAGCACGGCGCCGUGUAUGACACGUGUGGGCCAGGCUGCACCAAAACGUGCGACAACUGGAACGAGAUCGGGCCGUGCAACAGACCGUGUGUGGCCGGAUGCCACUGCCCAGCCAACCUGGUGCUGUUCCAGGGCCGCUGCAUCAAGCCCACGUCCUGCCCGGGCCGAUGACCCUAGGAGGCCUCAGGGUGGAGAUAAGGGUGAAAGGGAAGGACAGGGACUCUGGAGUCGAAGGGCUGCAGCACAAACGCUGAGAGACUGCAGUGGUUCCCACGGUCCUGGACACAACCGAAGCCCCUUUUUCUUUUUCUUCCACUUGGGUGACUUCACAGAGCCACUGCUGAAUGAUGAUGAACUUCUCUUCUCCCUGCUGAGGUAACACAGCAGGCCGCCGCCACCACCAGAGGCGCUCUCAGGACAAAAGAGAAGAGAGGCAGAUUAGAGAAAGGCCAUUCCCCUCCUUCAGUUGAGGCCAAGACUCUAAGCCCAAAGGCCUGUUGGUCUGGACCUCUCUGAAUACUGGCUACUAUCAACUAUCCGUGUUCAACCUGGAAAAGCAACUCAAGAUGCUGCAUAGUGGGAGCAGGUGACACAGACCUGCAGCUGAACAAUGCAUUCACAUCUCCAAGCACUCUCAUCUAACUCAGCAAAGAAAGCUAAAACACAAACACACACACACACACACACACACUCAGUAGUUACUAUUAAGAAUACAGCUCUGGCUGUCUUAUUUAAUUCCCAACUUCCGUGUCAUUCAUGUGUUAAAUUUUAUACUGUAAACUAACAAGAUUUGUACAAAAAGACACCUUUAUGUCAUUAUUGAUAUUAUUAAGUAUGGUUGUUGUUUAUGAUAUUGUUAAUUUAUAUGCAUUGGCCAAUUGAAAUGUUGUAGCAAGAGCCAAAUAAUCUAAUUUUGUUUAAAAAAUAAUGUAAAGGGAAAAUAUAUUUAUAUUUGUGUUGUAUUUUGUGCUAUUCUGAGGAGAAAUACCCAAAUGUGACACGUUAUUGCAACAUCACAGGGAAACUGUACUGUAUUUUUGGAAAAAAAAGUAAAAGAAAAAGAAAAUGCUCAGUGUAUGGUUGUGUGUUCAUUUUCUAAUUGAAGAUGUUCAUAUGUACUUUGGAAUUAUGAUAUUUAAGAACAAUGAUAUGUGCUUUAAAUGAA